CUCCACAGUCCCUUGCGCAUUUAUCGAAGCUUUCCAACAACUUUUUGUCAUUGUCGUGCAGCGAGCCCGCCACCCGCAAAGAUAGCCAAGCAACUCUAGCUGCAGUGUUCCAACUUGCUUGUUCUUACGCGGUCCUGAUCCGGUCGAACUACGCCUGAAGCCCCCUUCUCCAGUUCCCUCCCCAGCGCAUCCGAAGCGCCCUCUGUUAUCGACAGCCCUGUCCCGAGGAAAAUAAAAAAAAUAUUCCCGGCCGAGAACGGACUCAUACCGAGCACACGAUGCCCUCCACGAGACUGAGCACAACCCUCGGCAGGGUGGCCACCAGCGCAUGCCGACAAGCCCGUCAGCUCCCACGACAGACCCGAAGCAUCCACAGCUCGACGAUUCCCACAAGACCUGCGCCGCUCGCUCCCAGACAGAUCCAGUGGACCUCGGCGCGUAGCUUUUCCAUCUCGGCUGUCAAGCCGCACGGCCACAUUACCCCUCCCAAACCCGGCGAAGAGUUGUGGGUGACUUUCGUCGACAAGGACGGUGACGAACACAAGAUUGCAGUCAGCGAAGGGGACAACCUGCUCGAUGUCGCGCAAGACAACGACCUGGAAAUGGAGGGUGCCUGCGGAGGCUCUUGUGCGUGUUCAACGUGCCACAUCAUCGUCGCCGAUGAGGAAUACUACGACAAGAUGCCCGAGCCCGAAGACGACGAGAACGACAUGCUCGACUUGGCCUUCGGCUUGACCGAGACAAGCCGGCUCGGUUGCCAGGUCACGAUGAAGAAGGAGCUGGACGGCCUCAGGGUGAAGCUGCCCUCGAUGACGCGGAAUCUGCAGGCCAGCGACUUCAGUUAAACGCGGGAUCCUCCCACCAACUCGGCGUUGGAAGCAGCGUUUUGACACAUUAUUUAAUCAUCUGUACUAUACUAUACAUACUUUUUUACAUGUCGGAAGA